UUUAUAGGCCUACGUGGAAUUGUAAAUUGGAAUAGUAGAAUUGUGUUUGUGUCGCUAAAGUAGAAUUGUAAGUUUAUAGGUUAUAAGAAUGCUAAUGUGUUUGAUUAAGUAGUGAAAUCACUUAAUUUGCCUUUGAAGUGUAUUUUGUGAUAUUGUUGCGUGUUGUAAACUGGACAUUUGAUGUGGUGUCAAGAAGAUUAAAGUGUUUAUUGGGUGACCAAUCAUGGCAGUAGUUAUCGAGACCACUAUUGGGGACUUUACAAUAGACCUCUUUGUAGACGCCAGGCCUCAAGCAUGCAAGAACUUUCUGAAGCUGUGCAAGAUGAAGUAUUAUAACUUCUGCUUAUUCCACUCAGUCCAGCCGAACUUCCUGGCUCAGACUGGCGAUCCGACGGGGUCUGGAAACGGUGGCGAGUCCAUAUAUGGAUUACUGUACGGGGAAAACGCCAGGUAUUUUGAGGCCGAGGUGAUGCCAAAGUUGAAGCACAACAAGCCGGGGCUGGUCUCCAUGGUGAAUUGUGGCAACAACAUGUUAGGUUCACAGUUCUUCAUCACUCUGGGCGAGGAGCUGGUGUCUCUGGACCAGGAACACUGUGUGUUUGGCGAGAUCACGGAGGGCGUCGAGAUCGUACUGAAACUCAACGAGGCCAUCUGUGACAACCUACACCGGCCUUACAAGGACAUACGCAUCACCCACACCGUCAUCAUAGACGACCCCUUCGAGGACCCGUCAGGACUGAUAGCCCCCGACAUGUCACCGGAACCAACUCAGGAGAAGCUUGCCAAUGGGCGUAUUGGGGCGGACGAGGCUGUGGAUGAGACUGUAGGGUUGUCAGCUGCACAAGUGGAAGAGCUCAAGCAGGAACGAGAAGCACGGGCGAGAGCCACCAUCCUAGAGAUAGUAGGAGAUCUGCCCGAUGCAGAAAUGGCCCCGCCUGAGAAUGUCCUCUUCGUCUGCAAGCUGAACCCCGUCACCACCGACGAUGACCUCGAGAUCAUCUUCAGCCGUUUUGGCAAAGUCAAAAGUUGUGAGGUGAUAAGGGACAAAAACACAGGUGACUCUCUGCAAUAUGCCUUUGUGGAAUUCGAGGACCAGAAAGCAUGUGAGGAGGCAUAUUUCAAGAUGGAUAACGUUCUCAUAGACGACCGAAGAAUACAUGUGGACUUCAGCCAGAGCGUUGCAAAGAUGAGAUGGAGGGGGAAAGGAAGAGGAGUUGACUACUUUGAUGGCAAAGAACAAUCUAAAGAUACGAAAACUUCCACUCAUAGAGACAGAGAUGAAUCAAAGAACAGAAGCAGUAACAGGCGUGAUAGAGACUAUGAGGAGAGGGAAAGAAGAAGGGAUAGAGGAAGAGAACGAGAGGAGGACGAUCGGCAUGGACGAGAUCGGGGCAGAGAGGAUAGGGAGAGGGAAGACGACCGAGGACGAGAGAGGUUGAAGGACAAAGAAACCGAUGAUAGGUAUAGAAGAAGGGAUGACAGAGACCGCAGCAGAUCUGACUGGAGGAAACGGGACAGCAAACGUGACAGGAAGGAUGAUUACAGGGAUGACGAUAAACGACAUGAUAGUAAAAGAAGAGAUAUGGAAAGCUCAAGAAAAAGAGAAGAUGAUUCUAAAAAAGUUAGUAGUAGUAGCAGCAACAGUAGGAAAGUUGAUGAAAAGAAGUAUGAUGAGAAAAGAUUAGAUGAACGGAAGAGGGAGAAAGAUAGUAAAAAUAUUAAUGGUAGAAGUAAUAGCCGACAGAAAGAUUUUAUAAAGGGUGAAAGUGUAGAAAAACUUGGGUUUAAGGGAAGUACAGAAAAAUUAGAAGCCAAAAAAGAGAAAGAAAGAGGAUCCAAAUAUAAUAGUCCUUCACUUAGCAUUCCUAAAGAAGAUAUUCUAAGUGACAGUUUUCAUGACAGCAGAGAUCUACCCAAUAUAGAGGAAGAAGUGGUGAAAAGCCCAGAUCAUGCCAUAUUUCAUUCUAUAAAUGAACCGAUAACAGAGGUAAAAACCAGUAAUACUUCACGAAGAUCGAGCAAAGAUGACAAAAAAUAUGAAGAAAUACAAAAAGAUGAUAUUGAAAAUGAAGAUGUUGGUGAAGAUAAGUUAAGUCAAAAGAGUGAUAAGAGGCCAGAUGAAAAUAAACAAUCAGAAGAUAAAAAGAAAAUGAUUAAAAGGAAAAGAAAGGCAUCUGAAAGUAGGAAAAGGAAGAAAAGGCGACACUCAAGCAGCAGUGAAUCAUCUAGUGAAAGUAGUGAUAGCAGUGAUUCUUCAUCUAGCAGUGAUUCAAGUGAUUACAGACACAGCAAGAAAAAAAAAUUGAUUGUAGCCAAGAGGUACUACCGCGGAGGUAAACUUGUGAAAGAAAUAAAGAAAAAGAAAAGAACAAAGGAUUCGUCUGAGUCAGACAGUGUGUCAGAAGACUCUUCAGAUUCUGAUUCUAAAAGAAAAAGGAAAACAAAAAAACACAAAAAAGUCAUUAAUAUUUUCAAGCACCCGAGAAAAAAACCUGCCCACUCAUCAGAAGAAAGUCAAAGUGAAAGUUCAUCAUCAGAAGAUUCAGAUGUCAAAGGCAAAAAAAAGAAAAGAAAAGUCAUUGACAAACAAGCAAAGAAAAAGCCAAAGCAUAUUUCUUCCAAAAAGAAGAGAAAAAGGAAAGAAGAAACUUCUAGCAGCUCUGAUUCAGAAGAUAGUGUUGGAAACAAAUCAGUUAGUCGAAAACAAAAAAAAUCGUCAAAGAACUCAAAAUGUAGUAAUACUGGUCUUGUGUCAACCACCAGUGAGUGACAGGUGACAUUGAAGAAAAUAAUUUUGGUUGUGGUUUUCCAUUUAAUUUAUUCAAAACAAAAAUAUCUUUUUUUUAAGUUUAAUAUGAAUGUUCCUGUUUUAUGCACUUGUAGAGCAGGUAAAGUUCGUGUCAUGAGCAAAUUGCAUUUCAUGUUUGUACCUGAAAAUGUCCAUCCAGCAUAUAUCCAUAACAUAAUUUAUGAUGUGGAAUGUUAAUAAUGAUUUUUUUACAUUCAAACUUUACUUUCAGUUAUGUAAAAACAUCAAUACUUAGUCUUUCAUUAGGAUUUCAAUAGUUGUUUUUCAUAUUGUUCAAAUUUAAAAAAAUUAUAAAUUUAAUAGCCAUUUAGAAAGUUGAAAACGUUUGAAAGUAGCCCAAUAGUCAAACAUAUUUUUUAUUAAAUAUUGAUUUAGAGUUUUUCAGUAUCGUAACUAAAAACAAGUGAGGGUUUUAAUAAAAUUUACAAGGUAUAAAAUAAUAAAUUGUCAUCAGUGAUAAACAUUUUCUCAUAAAAAUUACUAUGUAUCGUCAAUAAACAUCACAAUAAUUAGUAGGAUUUAUAUAGCAAACAAAAAACUUGUCAAUAUUGUAAAUCAAUAUAUUAUGUUCAAGUUCAAAGAUAUUGUAAUACUUCUGAUCAGAUAUUGUUUUCAUCACAAGCAAGUUAUUUUACUAUUAAACGAGAAAAAAUUAAAUACCAGCGGAAAGAAUAUGUGUUCGCAAUAAAGCACUUGUCAAAAGAUAUUUCGUAAACAAAAAUAUAAUCAAGUAAACCCAAAUUUAAACAAUUUUUUGCAAAGUAACUAUUAGAGUUAGCUUGUAAUAUUAUGUAAAUACGUGAUUUCAGUUAUUUGUUUGAGUUUGAUAUGGCUAGUAUAAGAAUAAAACAUAAUUUUGCAUUUUUUUGUCAUUAUAUGUUAUAAAAAACAGGUGUAUAGAUUAUUUGUAUGCAUAGCAAAUUAUUAAUGUCAUUUGACUUUGACUUGACAACCUUGUUACCACUUCAAAUUUCAGUUCUGUAUAAUUUUAUGACAUAUCAUUGUGUUUUUAGUUUUUUAUCUACUUAACUAAAUUUGAUAUACUUUUUUAAACUAAAACUAACAAUUCACUUUUCAAAACAAGUGCAUCAAAACAAAUUAAACGGUUAUUUUUUAUAAAAAUGUCUCUUGGGUUACUCUCAACAUGUAUAAGACUGGAAUUAGUAUUUAGAUAUUGAACGAUUGUGAGGAGUAAAAUUAAUCUGAAGAAAGGUAAAACACACCAAUUAAAAGAUGAUAUUCUAAGCUUUUAUAUAUGUUUAAACUUAAGAUCAUGUUUUCCAAAAAUCAUAAAAUAAAAAGGAUCAAUAAUUUGUGAAAUUUUAAAUUUCGUAUGGACAUUAACUCUGCUUAAGCUGUAUUGUCACAUUUCAAGUAACUUUGGAAAUUUCACAGAGGAUAUUAUAAGUUGUAUAAACUACGGAUUAUAACUACUGAAAAGUUCAGUUUUUAUGUUCUAUUUAUUAUUUUUAUAGAAACAGUAAGCUUAUUGUAUAGUAAUUUUAGUUUAGAAAUACAGAUUUUAUAAAAUUAACUGUAACUUAAUUCGAAUGUCCAUCUUAACAAAUAUUUCACCCUUUAGAAGUAUGUUAAUACUGGAAUAAAUCUGAAUGAAAUUGCUUUUAAAGCAAAGUAUAAAAUAAUUUUGAAAUGUUAUUUACACGAAAAGAAUAUAAAUAUAAUUUUAUUUGAAUUCCAUUGGAAUUUCAUUUAUUUUGAUUAUUUUGCAACAACUAUUCAAUGUUUGCGAUCGUUGCCAGCUCAAUGUAUACUGUACCUGCAGAAUAAUUAUUGUAAAACGAGUGUAAAUUAUGCUAUCAGAAAACAAACAAAAGGCGGAUUUUUAUAUUCACCAGAUAGGUAUUUACAAUAUGUAUAUCAUAGAAUCAUUAUUGAAUAGUAAUAAAAUGUUUAAUUGCAUGUCAGAUUAAGUAAUUUUUGUAUAUUUUUAUUCAUAAAUAAUAUUUUUAGAUGUCAUAAGUUUAUGAAAAUCUAGAUAAGAUUAAUUUUCUUUUAAAUUUGUCACAGUUUACCACUUCAAAGCUUGAUAAAAACAAAAUUCCCUCUAGCACUAAAAAGAAAGAAGAGUGUUCAUAUUUUCGAAAUAUGUCAAACAAGAUUGCUUGUAUUGUAAUUACUUUUAACCAUUUACAAAUAUUUGUAUUGUUAUUAAAUUUUGUAAUUUUAAAAUCCCAGAUUGUAAUUACUUUGUCUAACCGCAACCAUUGAAUAUUUUUACAUAAUGGGAUAUUUGUUUACCAAAAUUGUCAUGUGUGAGCUCUAUGUGCUACAGAAGAGUUCUGACUGUCACUUUUAGGAUAUAAACUUGUCUACUGUUUCCCGUCUUUCCUUUGUUAUAAUAUAUAUUUUAUUCAAUAUCUCAGUUACAGAAAGUUACCUGCUGUAGUGGUUGUAAUUAUUGAUAUUUUUAUAGAUUUCUUUUUCACAAAGUUAGGUACCUGUGUUAGUAAGUGUAAAAUUUUAAGUGUUAAUUUUAUUUCAGUUGUUUGUUUUCCUUGAAACAUAAAAUAAAAUAAUGUUAAAAAUGUUUUGGUGAUAACUAAGUUAUUAACAGUUAAAUCCUGGUUGUCCAGGGUAAUUAAUUUAGCACAUUUUGAUUCAAUAUAGUGUGAUAAUUUAUAGAGAAAUGGUUAAAGCAAUUUCUGAAACUUAUAAUUUAGUUAUUUUGUUGUAUAUGACUCUUUGAGUUCAAUAUUAGUUUAUUAAAUUUUAAUUUUUUUCAAAUUACAAUUUUGCAGGAAUUCUUGUUUUCCAAGUGCAAUUCUUAGAAUCAUAAUCUUGAUAUUUAAUGUAUUUUAUUUUAUCAGUCACUGUGUUAACAAACAAAGUAGCUGAUCCGUCCCCAGACAAUCAGGAGAUGACUUAUAGAAUUGUUAUAAAGUUUGUAUUUCUUAAAUCACCCUCAUUAUCAUUUACAUGCUGAGUCAGCAAGUAAAUAGAUUUAAUACAUAAGGGACUGUAAUUUUAUGAUAACUAUUUUAUUAUUCUAGACUGAUUUUUAAUUUGUAAAUUCAGAGUACAUAAUUUUAUAAAAUGUUGUAUUUAUUGAAAAUAGGACAAUGCUGUAACCUUUAUUGCUCAGAUAUUUAUUACUAUUAUGAUUUUUUAAUAUUAUUUUCUAAAUUUAGUAAUUGUAUGGUUCUUUGUAGUUUAAAUAUUUCUGUAAAGAUGAAUUUCAAUGUAUAUUUUAGAAAUAACUUAAAGGGCUGUAGUGUUUUUAUGUUUUAACAUAUAUUUGAUUAUCAAUUGAGAUCUUAGUGAAUAUUUCUAUUUUGUACAUAAUACAAUUUAGAUUAUCCUAUAUUUGUGUAUAUAAUUAUUUUACCUCAUUUACUUAACAAUGGUUCGAGUAAUCAAUAGAAAUUGUACUGAAUGAUCAAUCACUGUCUUUGUAUAAAAUAUGAAUUAUAUUAAGUGUUUUCAAAGUACUCUACUAAAUUCAUUAUAAAAGUAAAUUGUAAACACUGCUCUACCUGGAACCUAAGUACUAUUGCAUGAAAUUAAAUUUACCAAUUGAAAACAGAAUAUUUGUUUUAAGUAGUAUAAUAUGACAACUGUUCUAGUUUUAAAACUUGAGCUAUAUCAUAUUUGUUGUUUACAUUUGUCAUAUUUGUUUUUAGUCUUAGUUACUUGAUCAUUAUAAAAACAAUUACUCAUGGGUUAUGAUUAAUUUAAGUCCAUAAUAUCAGAAUCAUAAUGAUUUAUAAUGUUUCGUUAAUACACCACAAUGUUCAAUAAAGAAACAUGCUUAAUUAUA